AAAGCAGAUGAACUAAUAAGACUUGCAGAAUUAAAGAUGAAGAGUAGUUCUUUGUCAUCAUUGAAUCUUUCCAGCACCUCUAUUGCUGUCAUGUGUGUUGAUUUGGCUUCAACUGCCUCCUCUCUACAUCUUGACAAGACAAUGGCUAUAAAACUGAGUGGGUUGACCAAGAAAAGUUACACAACAGCCAUAAAGAUCCUGCAGCAGAUGUUGAACAUGAAGCAGGACAUGUCCAUCAGCAACUUGUCCAUUCAGUUUGGCUGCUCAGAAGCCAAACAACUGGCCAUUAAUAUUUUCAAAAGGUUUUACCAAGACAGCCAGCAGAAUCUAGAUUUGAAUGAAAUGAAUGUUGGUUUAUUCAAUUGUGCUUCCCUCUAUAUAUCUUGCAGGAAGUUGAAAAUAAAAGUUGACAGAAGAAAGAUGAUAAGUUAUGUAGGCGUGCAGGCAUCUGUUUUCAACAGGCUUGUGGAACAAAUGGACCCCGUUGCUACAAACAUA